GACCGCGACAAACUCACGAAGUUGCCAUUUUCUAGUAAAUACACUAUCAUUUUCUAUCUAGUAAUGCUACGGCUGUUGUCGAGGCGUGCGCCUGCGACGGGGCAACUCGGAAAGGUUGCUCGCGGUGGUUCUUCUCAACAUAAAGCAGGCCGCCGGUCGAUAGCAUCGACGUCUGCCCGUCAGGCGGAUAUUACUUUAACGGUGGAUGGGAAAGAGGUGACUGUUCCACAGGGUACUGCCUUGAUUCAGGCAUGCGAAGCUGCUGGUGCGGUUAUACCUCGAUUUUGCUACCACGACAGACUUGCUAUUGCUGGUAACUGCCGUAUGUGUCUGGUGGAAGUGGAGCGGUCCCCGAAGCCCGUCGCAUCAUGCGCCAUGCCUGCCAUGCCUGGUUCCAAGGUCUGGACAAACACGCCGCUGGUUCACGAAGCUCGUGAGGGCGUCAUGGAAUUCCUCCUUGCAAACCACCCACUCGAUUGUCCGAUCUGUGACCAAGGUGGUGAAUGUGACUUGCAAGAUCAGGCCAUGCGCUAUGGCUCGGACCGUACGCGUUUCCACGAGAUUACUGGUAAACGAGCCGUCGAAGACAAGGACCUGGGCCCUCUUGUGAAGACCUCGAUGAAUCGCUGUAUCCAGUGUACACGUUGCGUCCGUUUUGCGAAUGAGGUUGCUGGUGUCGAAGAGCUGGGAACGACCGGUCGAGGAAACGAUUUGCAGAUUGGAAUGUAUGUGGAGAAGACCAUGGACUCUGAGUUGUCAGGCAACGUCGUCGACCUGUGUCCAGUCGGUGCAUUGACCAGCAAGCCUUACGCCUUCCAUGCACGCCCAUGGGAGUUGAAAAAUACGGAGUCGAUCGACGUCAUGGACGCGCUCGGCUCUAACAUCCGUGUCGAUUCUCGGGGUGUCCAGGUCAUGCGGAUACAGCCUCGCACGAACGACGACGUCAAUGAAGAGUGGAUCAGCGACAAGACGCGUUAUGCGUACGAUGGGUUGAGGUUCCAGAGGUUGACGACUCCGCUCAUCAAGCGGGGCGAACGCUUUGUGCCUGCGACGUGGGAGGAAGCUCUGCAGGCUAUAGCAGACGGUUUGGCUUCGUCUGGAGCGAAGGACGAUGAGAUUCAGGCUGUCGCUGGUCACUUGGCAGACACGGAAUCACUCGUUGCUCUGAAAGACCUCCUCAACCGGCUAGGCUCGGACAACUUUGCUCUCGACCAGCCCAACGGCAAUGCUCCUCCAGUACACGGUGUUGACGUGCGCUCGAAUUACCUUUUCAGUAGCACGAUUCCUGGUUUGGAAGAGGCGGACCUAAUCUUACUCGUCGGUACGAACCCCCGCCACGAGGCUGCUGUUCUCAAUUCUCGCAUAAGGAAGAGCUGGCUACAUACCCCUCUAGAAGUUGGUCUUAUCGGUGAACGUGUGGAUACUGCCUAUGGUUACGAAUACCUAGGUCCCGAUGCUAAAGCCCUUGCUGAAUUCAUAGCUGGCAAGGGGCCCUUUGCAGCGAAAUUCAAAUCUGCAAAAAAACCACUGAUUAUUGUUGGAAGCGCACUUGCUGAACAUCCUGAUGGUGCUGCUGCUUAUAAUGCCCUUGCAAAGUUCGUGGAGAAGAACAAGAACACGUUCGUUACCCCUGACUGGAAUGGGUUCUCUGUACUUCACAGAGUUGCAUCUAGACCUGCCGCGUAUGAAAUCGGAUUCGUACCCUCGAAGAAGGCUUCUACGACGAAGCCCAAAUUCAUAUAUCUCUUGAAUGCAGACGAAGUAGACCCCAAAUCUAUUCCUAGUGAUGCAUUCGUCGUCUACCAGGGCCAUCACGGCGACUUGGGAGCAUCGUUGGCGGAUGUAUGCUUGCCUGGUGCAGCCUACACGGAGAAAUCCACGACGUGGGUAAAUACCGAAGGUCGUGCACAGUUGGGACGGGCUGCGGUGCCACCACCAGGUGCUUCGAGGGAAGAUUGGAAGAUUAUUCGCGCUCUUUCAGAAGUCCUUGGUACCCCUUUGCCCUACGAUGACGUACUGACGUUGAGAGACCGUAUGUGGGAGAUCUCACCCACUCUGGUAAGAUAUGACGUGACGGAACGGACUUCUGCGGAUCUUGCACUGUCUGGGUUGAAGACUCUCGCCGAGGCGACUUCAGCCGCUAAAGCGACAGGCAAGCCAUUCACGAAGCCCGUCUCUAACUUCUAUCAGACAGACCCUAUCUCUCGAGCGUCUGUUACGAUGGCUCAAUGUACACGUGCGUUCGCCGUGGGUGAAAACUAUGGUUUCAGCGAGCCGAAGACUGCCUCUGAGGUGGCGACGGCGCACGCCUAAAGGGAAGACCGAAUGUAUAUACGUUAUUUACUCGGGUUGCGCAUGCACUUUUUUUAUCCGCCACGCUCGUUGUGCAUCACUCGUAGUAUGGCAUAGUAGAUCGACCGACUCAGUAAUGGGUUAGUCUCCCCUAGUCAAACCAAAGACCCGACGGAAGCUAGCCGUUUUCUCCCGAUUGCAGUGAGUGUUGUAGUACCGGAAGCUCUUCGGUUUUUCACAUGCUUUUCUCGCGACGGGAAUCAUGCC